UGUUGUAAUAUGACAGGUGGACCGAAUGCAAUUUAACGGCAACCUUUCAUCUGCAGCUUAAUUGUCUCGUGGUGGUUAUCGCAAGAACAGUGAUAAUUAUCUCACAGACAUGCUAAUAAUGGUGUGAACGGUCCCGGCGUUUCCCAGGGCAACCGCAGAAGACUCCCGCCCACGGACGUCUCUGAUUGGCUCCUGUACUUAUCGGAGUGUCGGAUUGGUUUACACAGCUGCCAUUCUUCUCAACGAGUAGCGUUAUUUUGACCGUCUAUUCCCCGAGGAAGCAGCAGGGUGAAGUGGAAGAUAAGCCGUUGUGUCUUACAAAACAGCUGGGCUUCGUCGGCUCUUACAAAGGAACGGCGUUUCAUGAGAUGGUAAGGACAAUAUAUGCAAGGAAACAGAAAAGAUAUGUUCUCUAGACAAGAGUGCGUGAAUGGAUAUGGUUGGAUAUUUGAGAUGUUUUUUUCUACUAAUUAAUUCUGCAGGUGAACUGUAGCCUAUGUGCCGCUGUCUUCUUUUGAAGGCUACCUUGACUUCUUCUGAAGCUGUUCUCAGCUGAAAGCCUUUCUAUUGAGGAACCCCACUAUGGAUCCUGACAAGACCUCUUAUGUGAGGCUGAAUGAGGAGAAAGUAAUUGCAAAGUCUGAUAUUUUGUCCCUUCUAAAAACGUACAACUGUUAUCACGAGGGAAAAAGCUUCCAGCUUCGGAUUCGUGAGGAAGAGGGCGAGCUGAUCAUGGAGGGUUUACUCAACAUCUCCUGGGGCCUGAGGAGGCCAAUCAGUCUGCAAAUGCACGAUGACAACGAGCGCUUUCGCUAUGCCUGCAUGAGUGCGUGGAGAUCGGAGAGCUCAGAGUCCAGCAGGAAUGAAACUGCUGAACACCAGUUUUGUUCAGAGCCCAACAACAACAAAAUCAGUGCCUCACCUAUACCCAGUGUGGAUGGAGCUGAGGAGGACAUCCCUCAACUGCUGAGAACGAGAAGUGACGCAAGCUUUGUGAAUAUCCAAAGAAGAUCCAAAAUCCACAACACUGCCGAUUCACAGAGGAUAAAAAGACACCGCUUCUCCAUCAAUGGCCAUUUUUACAACCACAAAACAUCAGUUUUUACUCCGUCAUAUGGAUCGGUGACUAAUGUGCGAGUGAACAGCACUUUGACAACACAGCAAGUUCUUAACCUACUCCUUAAUAAGUUUCGGGUUGAGAAUCAGGCAGAUGAGUUUGGCCUCUACCUAGUCCAUGAAUCAGGGGAGAGAGGAAAACUUAAGGACACAGAAUAUCCUUUGGUAUCUCGUCUGUUACAUGGUCCAUGCGAAAAAAUCGCCCGAAUAUUUAUUAUGGAAAAGGACCUUGGUGAAGAGAUUACAUAUGAUGUUGCACAGUAUAUUAAGUUUGAAAUGCCUGUUUUGGGCAGUUUCAUCAAGAAACUGAAAGAGGAGGAAGAGCGAGAGAUUUUAAAACUAACAAGAAAAUACAGUGCACUGAGAUCAAUGAUAUUGCAAAAAUUGGAUGGCAUCUCUAAUACUGCAAAUUAUGCGUGAGAAAAUGUCGACUGUUUAUAUCAAAGGCAUCCUCUGUUGUACAGUCAACAUCAGUGAUCCACAGAUUGCUAGUUUUAGGUUUUUAAUUUUUGGUGAAGACAUGAGUGCAAUAACUAGUGCAUAAAAAGUAGUAAUUGGCAGUGUAAGUACUUUUACCCACAAUUCUCAGGCGUUACAAAUUACCUAGAGCAUAAGUGCAUCAUAAAAUAACAUUCUAUGACUUAAAAGACAAACUACUGUAUUUCUUUUGUGUUAAACCUAGAACAUAUACACCCCUGACAUGUUUCUACAGUAACAAUAUUACUUUUUAUACAUUGUAAAAUAAAACUAAUA